ACUGCAAAUCCAGUUAUAAUUUAAUUUUCAUUUUAGCCAUUUCCCCCUCAAAUUCAACUACCUUAGUUGGUUUAAUAUUAUAAAAAAGGAAAAGUUCGAUCUUUCUCCUUCCCUUCUUUCUUUUUUCUUUUCCAAUCUAUAUUUUUAAUAACAAAAAAUAUACAUAAUCUAUUCAGCAUUAAUUCUUUUCCCAAAUAGUACUAAACCAAAGUCCAAGAAUCUUCAUCUUCCUUUCUUUUUCCUAUUCAACAAAACCAAUUCCCUCUUGAAUUCCUUUUCUAGAACACAAAUUUUGGACUUUUGGUUCAUUUCAUGACCUUCUUGAACAUUCCUUUAAUUUUUUAUUGUAUAUAAGAGGGUAUUUAAUGUUCUAUUUUCCCAACAAAAUCAAAUUGCAAUUGUGCAUUAAUAUAAUUUGGGUACUGCUUUGUUUUGUUAUUAGGGAAAUUGGGUUUGCUAAUUCUUGAUUUUUUUUUUUCAUAAAGUUGUGAUUUUUAUCUGGAAUAUUGGAUAUGAGUUUAGGGGGUGAAAAGAAAAAUGUGGUAGUGAUUGGUGGUGGAGCUGCUGGUUCUGUCGUUGCCAAAACCCUUCAAAAUGAGGUCAAUGUUUCCCUCAUUGAUGAGAAGGAGUAUUUUGAGAUAACAUGGGCAAGCUUAAGGUCUAUGGUUGAACCGGAAUUUGCUAAAAGAUCAGUCGUUUCUCACUCUGAAUACCUACCUCAUGCAAAAAUCAUUUCAUCAGCUGCAGUAGACAUCACAGACAUUGAUGUAUUGACCAAACAAGGCAGCCGAAUUGCGUAUGAUUAUCUGGUUGUUGCCACUGGUCAUACACAAAGCGGUGCUUGGACAAAAACGGAGAAGAUCAGUCAAUAUCAAGCAGAGUAUGAAAAGAUAAAGGCUGCUAACUCCAUAUUAAUAGUUGGUGGAGGGCCAACCGGUGUGGAGCUGGCUGCUGAAAUUGCUGCGGAUUUUCCUGCUAAGAAGCUGACCCUGGUGCACAGGGGAUCAAGAUUGUUGGAGUUUAUUGGACAAAGCGCCAGCAAUAAGGCACUGAAUUGGCUUACUUCAAAGAAAGUUGAAGUCAUAUUGGGGCAAUCCGUCGAUGUAAACUCUCCAACAGAUGGUGUUUAUCAAACAUCUGGUGGUGAAACUGUAGUUGCUGAUUGCCAUUUUCUUUGCAUCGGUACACCAUUUGGUUCAGCGUGGCUAAAAGAAACUAUCUUGAAGGAUAGUUUGGACAGUAGUGGAAGGGUAAUGGUUGAUUCAAAUUUGAGGAUCAAGGGUCGCAACAAUAUCUUUGCUAUUGGGGACAUCACUGAUAUUCCGGAACUUAAACAAGGAUAUUUGGCUCAAGAACACGCAAAGGUAGUAGCCAAGAACAUCACGUCAUUAAUAAAGGGAGUAGAAGAUGAUCACAAAUUGGCUGUAUAUAAGCCAGCAACCAAGGCAUUGGCUAUAGUUUCUCUAGGGAGAAAAGAUGCAGUGGCUCAAUUUCCUUGCUUGUCAAUCGCUGGUCGCAUUCCAGGCAUGAUAAAAUCUGGGGAUCUAUUUGUUGGAAAGACGCGCAAGGGACUUGGUCUCUCUAGUUAAGGCAGCCUGGUGUGCUAAAGCUCUUGCUUUGGGCGAAAACAAUUGUGCAUCCAAGGAAACAACAUAUGCAUGUAUGGUUGCACGUUAUACAAAGUUGUUAAUUUUUCCCGUUUGAUGUUAUUUUAAGUGGUGUAUUCAGUUACAUGGUUCUUCUUUUCCGAGAAAAAAUAACCAAAAUAACCGUCCAUCCUCUAGUUAGGGUGGAUGUUUAAUAUAUGUAUAAUUCAUGUAUAAUAUGUGUAUGAUUGUUUAAUUUAUGUAUACCGGCUAGAAAAAGUAAACAAUAAACAAUAACUCUGCCCGGGUAUUUGUGUACA